AUGGCUUUGGGAUUGGAAGGUUCCUUGAGUCCUUCUUCUCUGCUGGAGGUGGCUUUGGGGUUGGAAGGUUCCUUGGAGCCACCACCUUCUCCUCUCCUGGAGGUGGAUUUGGGGUUGGAAUGUUCCCUGAAGUCACCACCUUCUCCUCUCCUGGAGGUGGCUCUGGGAUUGGAAGGCUCCCUGAGACCUUCUCCUCUCCUGGAGGUGACUUUGGGGAUGGAAUGUUCCUUGGAGCCACCACCUUGUCCUCUCCUGGAGGUGACUUUGGGGUUGGAAUGUCCCUUGAGUCCUUCUCCUCUCCUGGAGGUGACUUUGGGGAUGGAAUGUUCCCUGAAGUCACCACCUUCUCCUCUCCUGGAGAUGGCUUUGGGGUUGGAAGGUUCCUUGAGUCCAUCUCCUCUCCUGGAGGUCUCACAGAGAGGAGGUGGCUCUGGGGUUGGAAGGUUCCCUGAGACCUUCUCCUCUCCUGGAGGUGACUUUGGGGAUGGAAUGUUCCUUGGAGCCACCACCUUGUCCUCUCCUGGAGGUGGCUCUGGGGUUGGAAGGUUCUUUGAGUCCUUCUCUUCUCCUGGAGGUGGCUUUGGAGUUGGAAGGUUCCUUGGAGCCACCACCUUCUCCUCUCCUGGAGGUGGAUUUGGGGAUGGAAUGUUCCCUGAAGUCACCACCUUCUCCUCUCCUGGAGGUGGCUCUGGGAUUGGAAGGCUCCCUGAGACCUUCUCCUCUCCUGGAGGUGACUUUGGGGAUGGAAUGUUCCUUGGAGCCACCACCUUGUCCUCUCCUGGAGGUGACUUUGGGGUUGUAAUGUCCCUUGAGUCCUUCUGCUCUCCUGGAGGUGGUUCUGGGGUUGGAAGGUUCCUGAGGCCAUCACCUUCUCCUGUCCUGGUGGUGACUUUGGGGUUGGAAUGUUCCUUGGAGCCACCACCUUCUCUCCUGGAAGUCACAGCCCCUCAAACCCCCCUCCCAGUCCCACCAACCCCCUCCCAGCCCCUCAACCCCCCUCCCAGUCCCACCAACCCCCUCCCAGCCCCUCAACCCCCCUCCCAGCCCCUCAACCCCCUCCCAGCCCUACAACCCCCCUCCCAGCCCCUCCAACCCCCCUCCCAGCCCCUCAACCCCCCUCCCAGCCCCUCCAACACCCUCCCAGCCCCUCAAACCCCUCUCCCAGCCCUUCCAACCCCCUCCCAGCCCCUCCAACCCCCUCCCAGCCCCUCCAACCCCCUCCCAGCCCCUCCAACACCCUCCCAGCCCCUCCAACACCCUCCCAGCCCUCCAACCCCCCUCCCAGCCCCUCAACCCCCCUCCCAGUCCCACCAACCCCCUCCCAGCCCUCCAACCCCCUCCCAGCCCCUCAACCCCCCUCCCAGUCCCACCAACCCCCCUCCCAGCCCCUCCAACCCCCCCUCCCAGUCCCACCAACCCCCUCCCAGCCCUCCAACCCCCUCCCAGCCCCACCAACCCCCUCCCAGCCCCUCAACCCCCCUCCCAGCCCAUCUCCACCCCCUCCAGCUCCAUCCAAGCUGAGGUUGAGCCCAUAUGAACUGUAACCCUCCCUCUCCACUCAAGUUUAACCCUUUCAGCCCCAGCUGACCCUGCUGUUGGGGGGUGGGGGUGGCUGGUUGCUCUUUACCUUCUCCCCUGAGCCAAUAAACGUUGACCUUUCCUCAAGGCCUUGA